AUGGGAAGCAAAGCCGCCGAACGCGCCAAUGACCUCUACCUGUCGAGGACGGUGCAAGAUCUGUUCUCGCUCAAGGGACGGGUCACCGUCAUCACCGGCGGAGCCCGCGGAAUCGGCCUGGCUUUGGGUUUCGCCUGCGCCGAGGCUGGCAGCGACGUCGCCAUCCUUGACCGCCUCGCCUCUCCGCACGAGCACUUCAACAAGCUUGUGAGCGACUACGGCGUCAAGGUCAAGCUGUACAACACCGACGUCACCGACUACCCCACUCUGGAGAAGACCUUUGCCGAAGUCGUCAAGGACUUUGGUCACAUUGAUGGCCUGAUCACGGCUGCCGGCAUUUGCCCCGACGAACCCUUCCUGGACAGGGAUCCCCAGAGCGUGGCCCGCUGCUUCAACAUCAACACCCUGGGAACGUACUAUGCCGCACAGCUCACGGCAAGACAGAUUGUGAAGCAGGACGAGGGCAAGGCCGAGCCCAGGGGCGGCUCCAUGGUGUUGAUUGCGUCCGUCGCGGCACACAGAGUAAGCAAGGGCCAAUGCACAAGUGACUACUGUUCCAGCAAGGGAGCCGUCGUUUCUCUUGCCACGGCAAUCGGCUGCGAGCUCGCAGAACGGGGAAUCCGGGUCAACUCCAUUUCUCCUGGAUACAUCGGCACCGACAUGGCCUUUUCCAUUGCGGAAUCCAACCCCGAUCUGUUCAAGGUCUUCGUGACAGAGCCGCCCAUGAGGAGAAUGGGAGACCGCCUGGACCUGAAGGGCUCCGCGGUUUUCCUGCUUAGCGAUGCCAGUUCCUACCAGACUGCCUCGGACAUGUUCAUCACUGGAGGCAUCCAUGCCGGUAGAACUUAG